UUAACAGAUCCGAAGUUGGGCGCUUUGUUUUACGAAAUUGUUUUCGUAGGUAUUUGCAUAGGAAUCUGGACCAAGAUGCUGAUUAAGACUUUUGAGUGAAAAGCUGGUGUCACGAUUAACAUCGACGUACUGCUCUUGAUUUUUCUUUCGUAUUCGUGGAUUGAAAUAUAUAUGGUGAAAUGCAAGAGCGCGUUCUACUUGAACAGAAUGAAGCUGAGAACGAUGACACUCUCAACGAGCAGGCCGAUCUUGAGCAUCAGAAACGGAUAAGUGAGCCCGUGGGUUCGGUUUCUGGAAAUAUCAACGACGACUUUGUUCCGAUGUCAAUGUCCAGUGUAAACCCGUCGGUGCGUGACGCAUUGGUGAAGAUGGGAGAGACUCAAUUGGGAUGUAAUCCUACGAGUCCCGGUGGCAACAUAAAUGGAGAAAAAAUGAUUUCCCAUCCAAUUGAACAAAGCUUGUCUAAAGCCAAGUCAUCUAUCGCUGGCGAGUGCAAGGCGAGCAGUCACCGUUCUAAGCGGUUUGCAGACGAUAGUAAGAACAAACGUUCACGUACAACCUUCAACGCGGCUCAAAUCAGCGCACUAGAAAGAAUAUUUAAAGAGCAACAGUAUCCUGAUCAAGCAUUGAGAGAAAAGAUUGCCGAAAGACUAGAAAUGGAGGAGCAUAAAGUUGUGAUUUGGUUUCAGAAUCGAAGAGCAAAGUUAAAGCGCAAUAAUGCAAAUUUGAAGAAUACGUUAGUUACGGCUCCGAUACAGGAUACAAUCUGCCUGGAACGUGUGCAGACGAUCGAUCAACACAGCGUACUUGGCGGGAAUUCUAAAUGGGAGAGUCAGCACGUGAAUGCGAGUGACUCCUACACUGUUAAUCAACAAAAUUCAUUACAAGAUAGCAGCGUACCGGUAACGAAUUCGUAUCAUUUUGACAAGCCCACUCCAAUGCUUCAUGGAAUUCCAGAGGGCACUGUAUGUUCUAGCCUCCAAGAAAACUACACAUUUAGCAACGACACUGGAUGUGCCAAUGACGUUAGACGCAGUUUGGUUCAGCUGGCGUCGGAUGGCAUUACUUCUUCUCCCGAGCCAGUAGCCGUGUCAAUGGAUAGCCCAAGUGACACGGGAGACGUUUCCUCUGCGUUGAAACCAAUACCAACCUUGAAACCAGACAAACCUCUAAUUCAAGAACCACCCCCUAAUCAAAUUUGUACCAAUGCUGGUUGUCAAGAUGAGAUGAGACAGGCUCUGAUGCAAUGGCGGACAAAACUAAAUAUGGCUGCUACUAUUACCUCUCAACAACAAACUAUCAACUCAUCGACUUCGCUCUCGUCAGGAAUAUUAAAUACUUCACAAAAUAAAAUAUCUGCACAUGUAGAUAGGUCAUUUCAAUUCCAGACUGGCAUUUAUGAAGAUACUUGUAUGUAUUCAUCCUCUUCCACAUCUUGCUCCGAGAGUGAUGAGGACGAAAACUGUUUAAUGAACCAGAGAAACAAACAAUUUCCAUACAAAUUCCACCCGCCUGAACAUCAUAAAGUCGAUUCAUCGAAUACCCAACAGUAUAGGACAUUUAACAGUGCCCCCGCCUUAAAUCAACAGGAUCUCUUAUACCUCGACAUCCCGUCAGUCUCUAGCAGUGACAUGUCGUCUCCAGCUCCACAUUCCACCACGAGCUCCACGUCCUGGUUAUCUAGUGAUUUGUCCUCCGUUGAUCUGUCAUCGCCCUUAAGUCAAUUGGAUAACCAGAAACCAGUACCCCAGAUAAAUAUGUCUGGGCCAAUGGGAUUUGAUUGGUCGAGCAAAUGCAAUGAAACACCAAAUAAACCAACUUACAUAUCACACGUCACCAAUCCCUACGCAGGUGACAUAUUUUUGCCACCGUUAAGAAGAGACGUUGAGAUGCCAACGCAACGCUCUCGACGGCGGGUAAAAUGGCGCCGAAUCAGACACGAACAAAGACGAAAAUAUCCAGUUAGGACAAACAAACACAACAAAAAUUCUGAUAAAUAUAUGUACUAUCCUGGUAGUAUGGAAAUGCACAUUAAACGACAAGACCGUUGCAUGUCAAUGGAAGGCAUUGCACAUACGGGUCAAAGGGAGCCAUUUACAUCGGAUAACUUUAUAUCAGUUCCAGGUCCGAAUACCACACGUUCUCAGUGCAAGUAUGCGCAACAAGACUCAGCAUAUAUUGAACAGCAAUAUGAGCAACCGAAUCAUAACCAACGGCAGUCGAACGGGCAAUCAAAACGCCGACAUCUGAACAACCAUCGUCUUCACUGUACAGGCAAUCUUAAGUAUUCUCAACACCAUAUGCCAAACCAAAAUAUGAUGCCAACUACCGCAGAAGAACUGCGAUCAGCUACCAGAAUACAGAAAAGCGAUAAUGGAUUAGAUGAAAACUACUCCUCUUCAUCGAAUAAUAAUACUGGGGAUGUGAUUCCUUCUAAUCAGAAUCCAUUGAUGAUCUUUAACGGGGGAAAUUCUGCUCGUGAUGGAAAGUCACUUGAUCAGCACAGAAAUAGGGCUCCAUACUCCCAAGCCACACCAGAAUGGAAUAACCCAAUUAUGGAGGUACAUGUUCCUGUUCAUCAUCAUCGGCGUCCAAAACAGCCACAGCCAACGAGGGCAGAAAAGGGUGCAACGUCCGGGGUUGUGCACCACUAUGGUGGUGAUGAAGAGGAGUUAGAUAUUCCCCCACUCCAGGUUGAAUCAGUAUCUGAUUUGUCGUCUAGUUUAAAUGCUGACCAAUCAGCAGUUUUGAAUCGUGUUUUAGAAUCUGUUGUUAAAGACAUAUUUCCAUUUUCAGACAACUUUAUAUCUAUAUGAAAGAUCAUUCCGAAUUUAAUGAAAUAUAUAAUUUGUUUCCUUACAAAUAAUUAAUGUAUAAACCACCCAAAAAACUCAGCUCAAUGGAAUUUUCUUGUUUUUUUUAUUUAUUUUUUUUAUAAAUUUUUUUUUUUAAAUGUUUUUUUUUUUUUUUCUAUUUCUGGAGGUUUUUUGUUGGUGUUGGUACUAAAUGUAUUUAGUAAAUCCGAUUUGAUUGAUUCAUAUGCGAUAAUGCUAAAUAUUAUUUUUAAUUAAUAACGUUGACCAGAAAAAGAUAUCACAAUAUCUGCGCUAUGAAAGACUUACAAAUAAGUUUACACAAUUUGUUGUAAAAAUAAAUUUAUUAGAUAUAAUUCUAAUAUAUAAUUUGUUUCCUUACAAAUAAUUAAUGUAUAAACCACCCAAAAAACCCAGCUCAAUAGAGUUUUUUUUUGUUUUUUGUUUUUUUUUUUCUAUUUCUGGAGGUUUUUGUUGGUGUUGGUACUAAAAAUAUUUAGUAAAUCUGAUUUGAUUGAUUCAUAUGCGAUAAUGCCAAAUAUUAUUUUUAAUUAAUAACGUUGACCAGAAAAAUAUACCACAAUAUCUGCGCUAUGAAAGACUUACAAAUAAGUUUACACAUUGUGUUGUAAAAAUACAUUUAUUAAAAUAUAACUGAACUGAA